UGCAGACAAGCAAACAACAGGAGGAUGGAAGGCCUCACCAUUUAUCAUAGGUGCAUUUUACUAAGAUUGAAUUAAUUGUUUAGGUUAAAUUUGAUUAACUAAGAUUGAAUUAGUUUAUGUUUUUUUUUUUUUUUUUUACUUAAUUGAUUGUAGUGAAUGAGGUGGCUGAGAGGCUGGCAUUUUUUGCAAUUGCGGUGAACAUGGUGGCUUAUUUGGUCUUCGAGAUGCGGCAGGCGCUGCCGAACGCGGCGACUCAUGUGACGGAUUGGAUCGGAGCUGCCUACGUCCUCACACUAUUUGGAGCAUUUGUGGCUGAUGCUUACUUGGGCCGCUUCAAAACCAUCAUCAUUUUCUCUUGUAUCUAUGCUGUGGGUAUGGUCUUGUUGACAGUAUCAGCCUCCGUAGACAGCUUACGUCCACCGCCAUGCACGGUUCGACCAUGCAACCAAGCUACCAAUACCCAGACGGCCUUCCUCUACGGCGCGCUUGGCCUCAUCGCCCUUGGAACCGGCGGCAUAAAACCGUGUGUUUCGUCCUUUGGGGCCGAUCAAUUCGACGAGGCUGAUUCAAGAGAAAUGGUAAAGAAAUACUCGUUCUUCAAUUGGUUCUUCUUUGCCAUAAACAUGGGCGCACUCUUGGGGAUCACGGUAUUGGUUUACAUACAAGAGAAGAAGGGGUGGACUUGGGGUUUCGGAAUCCCGACGGGAUUGAUGAUCUGCUCCGUCGUCAUCCUUGCCGCCGGUGUUCCGUACUAUCGUUAUCAGAAGCCUAUGGGGAGUCCUUUCACUAGAUUUAUUCAGGUUGUUGUGGCCUCCGUGAGGAACCAUUGGAGCGGAGUUGAGGUGGCGCGUGAUGCUCAGCUUUAUGAGGUUAAGACUGACAAGUCUGAUAUCUUCGGUGUCCGGAAGCUAGCGCACACUGCACAGUACAAGUUUUUGGACAUGGCAGCUGUGAUGACAGACCCAGAGGGCAACCCAAAGAGUCGUUGGAUGCUAUGUACAGUGACCCAAGUAGAAGAAUUCAAAUGCUUCAUUAGGGUUCUGCCCAUAUGGGCAUCAACCAUAGCUCUCGCCCUCUCAUUCUCUCAACUCUCAACCUUCUUCGUCAGCCAAGCCAGCAAAACCGACCGCAAACUCGGCCAUAACUUUGAAAUCCCAGCAGGCUCUGUCCCCUUCUUCGCCGCUAUCAACGCCCUAAUCCUCGUCCCCAUUUACGAAAAGUUUAUGGUCCCAAUCAUUCGCAAACGCACAGGCCACCCGCGUGGCAUGACAUCGUUACAGCGAAUGGGGGUCGGACUCUUUGUCUCCAUAUUCGCCAUGGCCUCGGCUGCCUUGGUCGAGAAGAAACGCCGAGAUGAGUUGAGUCCGCUGAGCAAAAUGAGCGUGUUUUGGUUGCUUCCGCAGUUCUUCCUCAUGGGGACCGCCGAGGUUUUUACGUACGUUGGACAGUUGGAGUUUUUUUACGAUGAGGCCACGGACGGUACUAGGAGCAUUAGUAGUGCGAUGUUUUUGAGUGAGAUUGGGAUCGGGAGUUGGCUGAGCACGGCGCUUGUUAAGAUCAUUGAGGGUACGACCGGCGGAGUACAAGAAGGUUGGCUGAGGAAUGAUUUGAAUAAGAGCAAGCUUAAUUACUUUUAUUGGAUCUUGACCGCCAUUAAUGGGGUUAAUUUCUUGGUGUAUUUGUGGGUGGCUCGGUGUUACAAAGGCAGGCACGGUACUAGCACUAGUGUGAUAGAUGGGGACGAAAAGUGA